CGAGGAGAUCAUUGAAAAUUUCUCGUUCAUACCAGUUCGAAUAUGGCAGACUGGCAUUGGCAGGUAGUAGUUUCGAAGUUUAGGAUUUAUCGUGAAUGUACAAGUUUUAAUGCCGGUGAAUAAACAAUAUGAAUCGCAACGCGUUUUAUUCAAAAGAUAUGUGCAUAGUAGAAAUAAGAAAGCUGAAACGAGCGAAAUUUCAUCGAAUUGAUCUUUCACACGGGUGCAACUUGACCAAAUAAAAGUGAAAGAAAUGGAUGGAACGAGAGCUGCUGAGGUUCUACCUUUGCUUCAAGAACGUCUGGCUAUUCUGCCAGGUGGUCGGGAUCGUAGAGGUGGACCGGUGCUUGUAUUUCCUACUACACCGAGACGCGAAAGAGCUAAACCUGAAGAUUACAGACGCCUUUUGCAAUAUCUAUUGACUGUGCCGAGCGAUGAAGCCAGAGGUUUACGCUUCACUGUCAUUGUGGAUAUGCGUGGUGCAACUUGGGAUUCUGUCAAGCCAAUUCUAAAGGUGUUACACGAACAUUUUCAUCGAUCAGUUCAUGUUGCUUUUAUCAUCAAACCUGAAAAUUUCUGGCAGAAACAACGAACGUCGUUGGCUAAACAAAAGAAAUAUAAUUUCGAAAUAAAUACAAUAAGUUUAGAAGCAUUGACAAAGGUGAUCGAUCCGUCACAGUUGACCGCGGAUUUAGAUGGAUCGCUACAAUAUGAUCAUGCACAAUGGAUCGACACGAGACUAGCUGUAGAAGACUUUACGUGGCAGGCAGCUGACCUUCUCGAUAGAUUAGACGACCUACAGGAAGAUCUGAGUCGAAAUGAUUUUGCGGACGACGUGACUGGUGCGAAACACGGAAUUGAUUUGCAUAACGAAAUGAAAAAAAAGAUCAUGAAGGUUCCAGUGGAAGAAAUUGAAGUUGUUGGUCAGCGUCUCUUGCAACGUUUCGAUAGUAGUAUAGCGGCAAGCAGUGGCGAAGGUGGUAGUAUAGAGAGCGGGGCAGCUGGUGGUGCGGAUCCGGAUGGACGAGCUCUGGCAGCACUAGUAAUUCAGCAUUUAGAUUCUGUGCAUGCCGCGCAACAACGUCUUUUACAGUUGUGGCAUAUUAAAAAGAUGAAAUUGGAUCAGUGUUUUCAAUUGAGACUUUUCGAACAAGAUUGCGAGAAAAUGUUUGAUUGGAUCUGUCACAACAGAGAAGGAUUUUUGGCGAAUUACGUCGAAAUUGGACGUUCUUAUCAACUGGCAAAAAAUUUGCAGGAAGAACAUAAACAUUUCACUAUGAGUUCUAUGAAUGUUUAUGUGAAUAUAAAUAAGAUUUUAACCAUGGCCAGUCGUUUGCUCGAAACUCAACAUUAUGCUGCUGGACACGUUAGAGCAGUAGCCGGCCGAUUGGAUCGAGCUUGGAAAGAAUUUGCGGCAGGACUUGAUGAACGUACUGCAGUUUUGAGUUUGAGCGUUGUAUUUCAUCAUAAGGCGGAGCAGUAUGUCGACAGCGUUGCAGGAUGGAGUCAAGCUUGCGAUGCUGGAAAUCUACCUAAUGAAAUACCAAUCUUAGAAUCUCACAUACGACAACACCAAACUCUUUAUGAAGCGAUGUGUCAAGCUUACACAGAGGUAUAUGACGCGUAUCAGGCACUUUUGAGCGGACUAGGCUCGAUGCUGCAAGUUUGUCACGGCUUCGGUUCGACGCACGGUUCGAGCUCGGAUAUGAGUUUUUGCAUCGAUUAUGUGCAUAGUACCAGUAAGAAGCUUCUUUAUCAACUGGAUCAUCUCGUGCAAGUCUGUAAUCAGCCGCAAGGGAUAGACCAUACAGCCAGAAAACAUAGUCAAGAUGGACACGGCAUCGAUGGACAUUCCGGUAUGAGUGGAAAUCCAGCUGCGGAUUAUAGUGAAGGUGCGUCCCACGUAUUGGCGGUAAUACAUCAGAUCUUGGGUCAUCACAGAGCGUUGGAAGCUCGUUGGCAUGCUCGAAAAGUCAAACUGCAUCAACGACUUGCGUUAAGAUUAUUUCAAGAAGAUGUGAAGCAAGUUUUAGAUUGGUUAACUAAUCAUGGCGAAGUUUUCAUCAGAAAGAACACAGGAGUGGGUCGAAAUCUUCAAAAAGCAAGAGUGUACCAGAAAAGUCACGAACAUUUUGAAAAUGUCGCUCAGAAUACCUAUACAAAUGCUACUAAACUACUUACCGCUGCUCAAGAAUUGGCACACACUGGUGAGUGUGCUGCCGAUGAAAUAUACGCUGUAGCGCAAGAAUUAGAAGCUCACGUUAGUAGCUUUGCAGCAAGGGUUGAACAACGUCGCCGAAGAUUGGAUUUGGCGGUUGUGUUUUAUACGCAUGAAAAAGAGUUGAGUGGUUGGGUUGACGAAUUGCGACAAGAAUUGCAACAAGACGAAGUAGCGGAGAAUCUGGAAACGGCAGAAAGACUGCUGGAACAGUGUGCGCAACAUCGAGCCUCCUGUAUGGAGGCUUGUGCAUCGACUAUUGUUCAGGGCGAAGCAUUGCUUCGAGAACUUCGAGAAUCUACCGAUGCUCCUGAUACUACGGGCUCUAUAUCUGCGGUAGAAGCUGCCCUAGAUAGGUUAGCAGGCUUGAGGCAAGAAUUAGAAGAUUUAUGGGCUACGAGAAAAUUGAGACUGGAACUGUGUCUACGAUUACGCGUAUUCGAAAGAGAUGCUUUAGAAGCGAGUGGUCAGUUGGAGAUGUGGGCACAAGAAUUACAAGGUCCACCUCGAGAAGGUUCCCCCGAGCAACUGUUGCGUGUACACAACGAUGGUGUUGCUCAUAUGCAAAAUACUGCUUUUCAGGUUCUGCAACAAGGUCAAGAACUCGCUCAGGUAUUGGAACAAGCAGGAGUUUGCAUAAUGGCAGACGGGCAACACAGUGCUACGUCGAGAGUACAAGUGCUUCUCGAAUUCUUAAACGAAAGGGAAAUGGACGCAGAAGAUUUGGCAGAGAUGAGAAGAGUUCGUUUGGAGCAAGCCUCUCAAUUGGUACAACUACAAACUGACGCUACACAUGUAGCCAAUUGGAUUCGCAAUGGAGAAGCUAUGCUGUUAGCUUCCUUGAGAGUUCCGGAAAACCUACAAGAUGCAGAACAGCUUCGUUUGGAACACGAACAAUUUCAAGUUGCUAUAGAAAAAACACAUACCUCGGCUGUUCAGGUGAAACACCGAGCAGAUGCGUUAGUAAGUGCGAAUCACUAUGAUCCAAAGAGUAUAAGAGAAGUGGCGGAGGAUGUGACUAAAAGAUGGCAACAACUAGUAACGUGUGCAGAGGAAAGACAUAAGCUAGUAACUGCUAGCAUUAAUUUUUAUAAAACGGCGGAACAAGUUCGUUCCGUAUUAGAUAGCCUCGAACGUGAAUACAAAAGGGACGAAGAUUGGUGUGCUUCUGGCGAAAAGACAACACAAGUACCGACGCUUGUCGGCAAACAUCAAGAACAAAAGGAAGCAUUUUUGAAAGCGUGCACGUUGGUACGACGAACCGCAGAGACAUUUCUCAAAUAUACAAAUCGCAGUCUUCAAUUUUAUAGUUAUCAAGCGAACAGCGCCGGUUCUGAGAAUAAAGUUAAAAAUAUUUUGGAAGAGUUACUUAGUAAAGAAAAUCGCGUGCUCGAGUAUUGGACACAGCGUAAGAAACGACUGGACCAGUGUCAUCAAUAUGUUUUGUUCGAGCGCAGUGCUAAACAAGCUCUAGAAUGGAUUAGAGAAACGGGUGAAUUGUAUUUAGCCACACAUACUAAUGUAGGCAAAAAUCGCAUCGAAAAUGAACAGUUGUUGCGGGAGCACAAUGAAUUCAAAGGAGCUGCGAAGGAAACACGAGAAAGGGUGAAGCUGUUGAUUCAACUUGCUGAUAAUUUAGUCGAGAAAGGGCAUGCUCAUGCAGCCGCGAUCAAACAGUCUGUGGCCGAAGUGGAUCAACGAUACAAAGACUUUAGUACGCGCAUGGAUUGCUAUAAAACUCAAAUCGAAGAAGAUCUUGGAAUUCAAUCUGAUGAUGGUCAAAAAGAUCUUUCCAUCGAUCGCAAUUCCGAUCCUCUGCUCGAGGAAAAAAUUAAAGGGAAAGAUCUGAAGGAAUUGAACGAAGAGAAAAGAAGAUCAGCAAGAAGAAAAGAAUUUAUAAUGGCUGAACUACUGCAAACAGAACGAACUUACGUAAAGGAUUUGGAAACUUGUAUUCGAUGUUUUUUGGAAGAGACACGAUGCGGUAAAGGAAACGUUCCAUCUGGUUUGCAAGGACGAGAGUCAAUAAUUUUUAGCAAUAUGGAAGAAAUUCAUCAAUUUCAUAGUAACAUAUUUCUUCGUGAGCUGGAAAAGUACGAGACUAUGCCAGAAGAUGUUGGGCAUUGUUUCGUCACGUGGGCUCCUAAAUUUGAUAUGUACGUGACAUAUUGCAAAAAUAAACCGGAAAGUAAUCAAUUAUUAGUUACUCAUGGUGGAACAUGGUUUGAAGAAUUGCAAAGAAAACAUCGAGUUGAACAUCCGAUUGCAGCAUAUCUAAUUAAACCCGUGCAGCGAAUAACAAAAUAUCAAUUGUUGCUCAAAGAUCUUCAGGCUUGUUGUCAAGAAGGACAAGGAGAGAUAAAAGAUGGGUUAGAAGUAAUGUUAAAUGUGCCUAAGAAAGCAAACGAUGCCUUACAUUUGAGCAUGCUGGAAGGUUGUGAUGUAAGAAUAGAUACACUAGGCGAUGUAGUGCUGCAAGACUCUUUUACAGUUUGGGAUCCUAAACAACUGAUUAGAAAAGGCAGGGACCGGCACAUAUUUCUGUUUGAGUUGUACCUAUUGUUUAGCAAAGAGGUGAAAGAUUCAGCUGGAAAGGUGAAGUACAUUUACAAAAGUCGUUUGAUGACUUCCGAACUGGGCGUGACCGAACAUAUCGAAGGUGACGAAUGCAAGUUCGCCGUUUGGACAGGUCGAGCACCAACUAGCGAUACACGUGUCGUUCUUCGAGCUAAUUCUAUGGACGCCAAACAGUUGUGGGUGAAAAGACUACGCGAGGUUAUUCAGGAAACGUAUUUCAGUUUGAGUAUGCCCAAGAGUCCUGCGAAAAAGAGUUCGAGUCAACGUUCUAGCAGAGAUCUCGAAGAAUGUGCAUCUUUGGACGACAGCGUUGAAAAUUUAGAUAGAAAUUCCUUGGCAUCGUUUGGUUCCACCAACACUACGGAUUCCGAUAAGACUGGUGUUGCCGAAGUGACUUGGGUUAUAGCCGAUCACUCCGCGGCGCCUGGAUCUAAGGAAUUGACAGUAACGAAGGGUCAACAAGUCGAAGUAUUGGAAAAUGGAAGUAACAUUAGCGGUGUGAAUACAUCCGAAUGGACCCACGUACGUUUACUGGUCGCCCCGGGACAAGUUGAUCCUCCGCCAGAAGGAUUGGUUCCUACUAGUGCGCUUAAGCAGCCUCCGCCUGUCUCUACUAAAACUUCACCGUCUAGAAAAAUUACAGGGCAACAACAACAACAACAGCAACAACAACAACAACAACAGCAGCAGCAGCAGCAACAACAACAACAACAACAAUCAUAUUAUCAUCAACAAUCAAACAAUCAAAUUCAAACUGCUACGUCUAGCGGAGGAAGUGCAAGUGCAUCGUCCAGUGCCACAGGACUACCUUCGGGAUCUUCGUCGUCGUCGUCGUCCGUCGCAACAGGCGUAGCACCGAGUGGUGCGUUGUCCAUUCAAAAUGUGCCACCGACUUCUGCAUUGCCAGACGAAACAGAAAAUAUUAUUGCCGCAACUGCUACCGCAAACGAUGGAAGUAAUCCUGCGAACACGAAUUCUCCAGGCAACAAAAGACGCGGUUUUAGCAGAAGAAAGUGGCUGCCUCCGCCGUUGCGUAAACUUAGCCAAGGUAAAGUCGAGAAAUCACCACCGACUACGACGCCGACAGCGACACCGACAGCCGCGACGACGUCAACCGCUGUCUCGAUCGUAUCGACGUCCUCCGAUCGAUCUUCUCUGAAAAAGAACGUUUCGGAAAAACGGUUUAAAUUGCCAAGUGGUGCCGAGCAGUCUCGACCUUCGAGAGCCGCUUCCGUUUCGAUCUCUGCGUUAACGACCGCGACCGCGUCUAUGCGCGUGUCUGCCUCCGUUUCGGAGGCGGACCUCGACGCCGAGCUUCAACCAGGAAUCGAAGGAGCAGAAGAGGAGGAAGGAGAAACCGAACAAUCGGAACCCGAGUUGGAAGAGGAUGCGGUACCGGAACCCGAUGACGUCGAGGCUUUGACCUAUUCCGAACAAAACGGAGCGGACGAUGCCGAGGACGAACUGGAACUUCCCCCGCCGAUGAAGCCCAUCACUGAACCAAUACUCGUGGCGACUGCCAACGGAUCAUCGGCAUCUGCAAUCACAACGGAAACCUGUGGAAAAUCUCGAACGUCUGAGCGCUCGACAAAAAUUCUCGACGGUGCCACGACGGCCGAUUUAGCUGAAAUUGAACAGAUCGUGAAAGAAAGGAUGGAACAACAUACGGAAAAUCAAGAGAGACAAAGCCUGAUGCGAACGCCCAGUGGUAAAAGUUCGAAUGUUGGUAUCGGUGGGGAUGACGAUUAUAACGAAGGUAACCUCUCGACUGCGAUAACUAUCGCUGCCACGACAAUUACAGCAGCGGCAACAACAAUGACAACAGCGGCAAUGAUGACAGCGACGACGACGACAAUGACGACAAUGACGACAAUGACGACGACGACGACGACGACGAUGACGACGAUGACGACGAUGACGAUGACGACGGGGACAACUACAACGACAACGACAACGGCAAAGACAGCAACAACGAGUAGCAGCCCUAUUCAUGGGAAUUUGGAGGAAUGCGAUGUGGAAAGUGCAGCAGUGACGCAACGACAAUUCGUUAUUCGAGAAUUAGUGGAAACGGAAAAAGAUUAUGUAAAUGAUCUGAAGCAAAUAGUCGAAGGAUAUAUGUCGUUGAUGCGAGAUCCUGAGUCUGAAAUACCAUUGCCGGACGACCUACGUGGUGGAAAAGAUAAAAUGGUUUUCGGCAAUAUAGAGGCGAUCUACGAAUGGCAUAGAGAUUUCUUUCUGAAGGCGUUGGAACGUUGUCUGGAACGGCCGGAAGAACUCGGACCGCUGUUUAAACGAUACGAAAGAAAGUUGCACAUGUACGUUGUUUAUUGUCAAAACAAACCAGUCUCCGAGUAUAUUGUUUCCGAGUACAUAGACACUUAUUUCGAGGACUUGAGACAAAAGCUCGGACAUCGGUUACAAUUAUGUGACCUUUUAAUUAAACCAGUUCAGAGGAUCACGAAAUAUCAGCUUCUUCUUCGAGACGCAUUAAGACUUACCGAACGAACUCAAAGAAUGUCGGAAAUCGAAGGGCUUAGAGCUGCGGUUCAUGUGAUGCGUAUUAUUCCAAAAGCAGCCAAUGACAUGAUGGACGUUGCGAGACUCCAAGGUUUCGACGGAAAGAUCACAGCUCAAGGGAAGUUGUUGUUGCACGGACCACUUCUAGUAUCGGAAUUUUCCUCAAAUUUACCGAGUAAGGAAAAAGAAUGGCAAGUCUUCCUCUUCGAACAAAACAUUAUUUUUAGCGAGGCUGUCGGUAAAAAGACACAUUUUACAAAUCCCGUCUACAUUUACAAGGCUCAUAUCCAGGUGAACAAAAUGAGCUUACAAAAUCCUUACGACGACCCGGAAAAGUUUAUAAUUCGCUCGACGGAUCCUCGAAAACCUGGCCUUGCAUUCUCUUGUAGCGCGGUAGAAGAAAAUGGGCCGCGGAAGCAGGAAUGGGUAGAUACGAUCACUGCCAUCCUGCAAACCCAACGUGACUUUCUCAAGGCGAUACAGUCGCCGAUUGCCUACCAAAAGGAACUUACCAAAGAUCCAUUUCGUGGCGUGAGUCCGGACUCUCCGUGUCGAGGAAGUGUACUUUCAACGACUGCUGCAACAACAACAACAACAACAGUGCCAAACGUAUUUAAAACAAACGAAGACUGGAGAAACGAAAUGGCCGGUGCUGCUACUUCGAAAACACUAGCCACAGCUAUGGCUGUAGCAGCCACGGGAACAGCAACAGCAACAACAUCGGUUUUACACCGACCUCGUGCUGGAGCCAUGGAUCAGGAUUCUUCUUUGCAAACACAGUCGAGCCCUAGCAAAGGCAGACUGAAUUUUUUCGAAGGAUUCAGAACCACCCUUCGACCUCGAUCGCCUGUUCGCAACAACACUAUCCCGAUCGUUCCAGGGAGCAGAGUAAGAUUAACGGCAGAUUGGGGGAAAUUACACGCCGGAGAAGAGUUGGAGAUCUUUGGUGUGGACGGUCCAGGGCUGAUCGUCUGCCCGGUAAUUGGGAAAAAGGAGGAGGAAUUCUGGAUACCGGCGAGUCUCGUUCCGAAUUCAUCCAUCAGCCGCGCAUGGUCUUUCCGUCCGCGAAGAAUCGAUUCGGAGAGUUCGGGAGAGAGCGUCCAUCUUCCGCAAGAUGUACAUGCGGAAGAGAACGGUCCUCCCGCGAUCUUGACUAUUCCAUGUUCGAUCAGGGCGACGGCCGGUGGCGUGGCUCGACUGGUGCUGGAAGUUCGUCGGGUGGAACGUGCACUCGUCCGUUGGAGAAAGGAGGGGCAACGAUGUGACAUCACCGAGGGAACCGAUCGAUAUCGACUUUUCCGAACGAACGAUUCCCUUUGUCUCGAAAUUGCUCCUUGCCUUCCUUCUGAUUCUGGUGUUUACCACUGUUACGUCCAACAUGAAACGGGUUCUUGUUCAGCAAAAAUUCCCCUUCGUAUUAUAGGUAUCGACACGACAAAUGCUUGGUAUAUGGAUACGAUCGAAUGCGAUCGAAUGCGAGCCAACGGAUUGACCGUAAACGAAAGUUUAAGCUCGUCGAUCGUUGCGUUGCCAAAUUUGAACAAGAGAUCAACCAACGACGUAGAAAUUGAACAGUUUGCCGGCAAAUACGUCGAGCUGGAAGAGCUAGGAACCGGCAGAUUCGCCAAAGUGUGCUGUGCGAGGGAGAAAGGAUUCAAUCGAGAAGUAGCGUUGAAACAGAUAUCUCGGGCGAAGCAACCGCUCUCGCUAACGCGUGCCGAGUACGAUCUUCUCAGAAGCAUACGUCACGAUAAUAUCGUCCGAGCGUUUGCGCUCUUCGAGGAUACACCUCAGCCGGAUGUCGAUACUAUCGUUUUGGAGCUGGUCAAGGGUUCCACGUUGUUCGCCUAUCUUGGCCAACAGGUUGAGUACACGGAAGCAACUGUGGCAAGGUACACCGGCCAAUUGUUGUCGGCGUUGCAGUGGCUACACUCGCGUAAACAAGCUCAUUUAGACCUAAAGCCGGAAAAUAUUCUGAUCGAUAACGAGACAGAUGUUGUAAAACUGAUAGAUUUCGGCGAAGCUGUCAGAGCGGUACCAUUGGACGAGGUGGUCCCUCCUGUUGAUUUGGAAUUUGCAGCUCCGGAAUUGGUUCUUGGUAAACCGACCGGAUCAUACACCGACAUGUGGGCUAUCGGUGUUUUUCUAUAUGUACUGUUAAGCGGGCUUUCACCUUUCUUGGACGAUUCCAUCGAGGAAACUACCGCAAACAUACUCAAGUGCGAUUUUUGUUUUCCCGACGAGUAUUUCAAGGAGAUAUCAACCAACGUGAAACAUCUUCUUGAAACGUUGCUCCGUUUACGUGGAGAAGAUAGAGCGACCGCUCAAUUGGCAUUAACAUCGCCUUGGUUCGAGAUAACGAUUGGCGCCAUUAUCCCAUCCUCCCGAAUGAUUGCAUUUAUCGACCGCCGUGCUCAUCGCUCAAAAUCUCAUCAGGAUCGGAAUAGCACUUUUUCUUCUUGAAUCAGUAUCGUUCGCAAAAGAUAUAUAUUUAUUUACUGAUUGAUUUUAAAAGCUCUCGGUCGAAUUCGGCUGAUUGUAAAUAAUGAACAAUUGUGACUCGCUGUUGCAUUCGCGCACCUUUCGAUCGUCUCACAUCUGCCAUACAAGCCCAUACACACGAUCCGUGAAAAUGUACAUUUAUACGCGCAUAUUAAACCUAUCUACACACGU